AUGUGGAUAUAAUAGUAGAAUCUCUAAAACAUUAAAUUUAUCUAAUCAUUAAUAACUUAUCAUUAGAUUUCGUAUAGCUUUCAUAGAUACUUGGGAUAAUGAAUACUUUUAUCUUUACAUAGAUGGAAAUUUAGUUUUUUCUCAUCAGCAUUUUUUUUAUUUAGGGGAUUUAGUAGACAUUUGCGGAUUGACAAAUGAUGAUUACUUUCCAAACUUUGAAGUAAAAAUAGAUCAUUCAAAUCCAAUAAUAAGAUUUGAUUUUACGACUAAUUUAAAUGAACUUCCAACUACUGAAUCAUUUGGCUUAAGAGAUUUUCAAAUAUUCUCAAGAAUUUUAGAAAAUUGUGGAAAUGGAGUAUUAGAAUAAAAUGAAUAAUGUGAUGAUGGUAAUAUUUAUGCUUUUGAUGGAUGUUUUAAUUGUUAAUAUUCUUGUGUUGAAGGAUGUUCAAAUUGUAUUGAUGGUAUUUGUUUUGAAUGUUUAAAUGGAUGGAUAUUAGAUAAUACAUAAUAUAUUUGUAUUCCUAUUUGUGGAGAUCUUAUUAUUAAUGGAGAUGAAUAAUGUGAUAUUAAUUAAUAUAUUAAAUAAUCAUUUGGAUGUAAUUAAUGUGAAUUUAAUUGUUAACAUUAAUGUAUAAAUUGUUAAUUUGGAAAAUGUUAUGAUUGUAUAUAAGGAUGGAAAUUAAUAAAUUAUUAAUGUGAAUCUAUUUGUGGAAAUAAUUCAAUUUAAGGUUUAGAAGAAUGUGAUGAUAUGAAUUCAAUUAGAUUUGAUGGAUGUAAUAAUUGUAGAAAUGAUUGUUAAAAAGAAUGUUCAUAUUGUUAAAGAGGAAUAUGUUUAGAUUGUAUUUAUGGUUGGUAUUUAACUGAUUAAUUUAUUUGUGAAUCUUAAUGUGGAGAUAAUUUAAUUGCUUUAAUAUCAAAUGAAGAAUGUGAAGAUUCUAAUUAUGAUUAAUUUGAUGGAUGUUAUUAAUGUAAAAUUGAAUGUUGUCAUUAUUGUAAUAUAUGUAUUUAUGGAUAUUGUUAUAAUUGUGAAUAUACAUUUACAUUAAUUGAUUAAUAUUGUAUUCCUAUUUGUGGAGAUGGAUUAAUUACUAUUGGAUAUGAAUAAUGUGAUGAUAUGAAUCAAAUACCAUAUGAUGGUUGUUAUAAUUGUAAUUAUUAAUGUAGAUAAUAUUGUAAAUUAUGUAUUAAAGGUAUAUGUUAUGAUUAAUGUGAAUAUGGAUAUUAUGAAUUUGAUUAUUAAUGUUAUCCUAUUUGUGGCGAUGGAAUUAUAGUUCAUUAAGAAGAUUGUGAUGAUUUAAAUGAUAAUUAAUUAGACGGAUGUCAUAAUUGUUAAUUUCUAUGUCCAAAUCAUUGUGAAAUAUGUUAAGAAGCAAAAUGUAAAUUAUGUGAAUAAGGGUAUUCUUAAUUAAAUGUUAAAUUUAUUCAAAAUUAUAAAUAAAGUACUGUUACAAUCACUAACAGCUUGAAUUCCAUUUAUUAUUUACCAACCCUCUUCAGAGAAAGUAGAUGA